AUGAGUCUGUAUCAUAUCAGCCUUCCAUGUACCGACUUGAAAGCAUCAGAAGAAUUCUACGCAACCGUAUUAGAGCCUUUAGGCUACAAAACGUACCUUCAAACUCGUAAUAAGACUUUCUUUAGACCAAGAUGGUCGUUUCACCCUGAAAUUUCCUUGAGAUGUGAUAGAUCCUAUGGGCCAAUUGGAGGUACACGUAUCACCAUUCAUGCAUCAUCCAGAUUACAAGUCGAUAGAUUUUAUGUUCUCGGACUAGCCAAAUCUAACAACAUCCAAAGCGGAGAGGUUAACGAUUAUCGACAUGCCUAUACAGCUUCUAUCGUCGACUUUGACGGCAAUGUCAUUGAAGCAAUUCACCUAAAAUCACGGGUGCCCAAGGUCAUCACCCCAUCUCCAAUGACCCCGGCAGCGAUUUUUGGCGCGCUUUAUCUGACAGUUGUUUCUUCUAUCUUCAGCGCACUUGGAGGGUGGUACUAUUUUAUCUUCAACACAAUAGGUAUAUUGAUGAUUGCAGAUCUUGUUUAUGUCGAGCUUGAUCCGGAGAGGUCAACACAGAGAUUAGAAGAUUCUGGACUGUUGAGCCUUGAGAAACGAGACAAAAGGUCGAGGGCCAGGCUAGCAUAUAAAGAUAUGGAUCAAACUUUAGGAUAG